CCAGGUUCCUCCAGAGGGUUGGCUCACCCCUUCUCCUCUCCUCUCUCCUCCCUUCUUUCGCUCCCAAACCCACAUACGCACUCCGUCCAACUCUCCAAAGCAACAGGCGAGAAGAAGGAAGAGCCACAAAGGCGAGGACAACUUCACAAACUUCAGCAACGAGUGCAACGCGGACCUUCCAAAGAUGCCAAAGGUUUUGUUUUUGCAGGCGGAUCAGUCUGAGACGCGGGGGAAGUGAGUUUUCUUUCCUUAAGGAGAAAAUCCGAGGAGGACGCGCUUUUUUUUUCUCCGCCGUAUGAGACGUCAAAAAUCCGCCUGGGUUAACAAAGCAGGCUUGAGCUGGAGUGGACCCUGUCAGCUGUAGGUUUAAUGUCCAGGGGUGUUGGUGGAGGGCAGUGAAGGAUGCCAGGAUGCCCUCUCUGAUCCCCCAUCUGCUGGUCAUCUGGCUGAGCGUCCACAGGCUGGUGUGGUGCACGGAGCGCUCCUCCACACGGGAGCGCUUCAAGGUGGUCAUCGCUCCUCUCAUCUGCAAGAGGAUCUGUCUGAAGGGACAGUGUCAGGAUACCUGCGAACAGGGCAACAACACCACUCUGAUAGCAGAGAACGGACAGGCGGCCGACACGCUCAUAGGACAGGGCUUCAGGGUCGUUGUGUGUCCCCUGACGUGUAUGAAUGGAGGAGUAUGCAGCUCCAGGAAGCACUGCCUCUGCCCGCCUGGUUUCAGCGGGCGCUUCUGUCAGAACCCACUCCAGCAGACGCAGCAGGCUCAGGCAGCGAGGGGCAACAAGCAGCCCAUCUACCCCGGCUCCUUAAAGCCUGACAGCCAGAAAUAUGGGGAGCAAUCAGGGAUCGGAAGAACCCAGAUGACGCAAACACACUCAGUGAUUACCCUGCCUUUGUCACAAGUAGGACACCACUCCUCAGAAGGAUUCAAGAUUAAUGUACGCGUUCACCACACGCCAGACACCUCUGUAGUCAUUCAACCAAUCGACCAAACAGAUGUCAAACCUCCUCACAAGACGGGGCCACGCCUCAUCCCCCCGAGACACAAACCGAAGGGGCGAUGCUUCCAGGAGACCACACCCAAACAAGCUUGCAACAGCACGCCGCUUCCUGUUCUGACCAAUCAGGAGGAUUGCUGUGGCAGUGUGGGAAACUCAUGGGGACAAAACAAGUGUUAUCAGUGCCCAAAAUUACCAAAUGCAUCAGUCAAGCAGACUAUUGUGGAAGACUACGGCUCUACAUGUCCACAGGGUUAUAAAAGAUUUAACAGCACACACUGUCAAGAUAUCAAUGAGUGCUCCAUGCAGGGCGUCUGUCAAAACGGAGACUGUCUGAACACUCUUGGCAGCUUCAAGUGUUCCUGUAAGGCUGGUUAUGUGCUGGAAAGGAACAGAUGUGUUGAGUCUCCAGCUGAGCAGGCUCAGUGCUUCCUGAUGGCGUCUGAGACCCGGGGCUGUGAACACGCUCUGCCCACCCACCUCACCCAGGAGAUGUGCUGCUGCACGGUGGGCAAAGCCUGGGGUCGGAACUGUGAAAGAUGUCCUCAGGUGGGCACAGUGGCCUUCAGUAAGAUCUGCCCGGCUGGAAAAGGCUACUUUCUUCAAAAUAUAAGAGAAACUGUGGCCUUCCCUGCCAUUAUCUUCUCCCGUAACAAGGAGGAACCCAAGCGGCCGGAAAGGCCACCGAAGCCAACGAUCACAGUUCAGCAGGCUCCCACCAGCACCGCCAGCCCUCGUGUGCCUGUUGUCAAGCCCACCCCUCCGACGAUCAUCAGAAUGACCCCAGACAUUGUCCCCUUAGAAACACAGACAAAAGUAUCACCAGACACAGAUGAAUGCAAGCUAAGCAGGAACAUUUGUGGUCAUGGAGAGUGUGAGAACAGCCUGAAUGGCCACAUCUGUCACUGUCACCCUGGCUACCAUCUGAACCCUCAGAGGAACGUCUGUGAGGAUGAUAAUGAAUGUGAGUCAGAGCCUUGUGGUCACGGCAGAGGUCUUUGCGUCAACAUAGAAGGAGGCUACAAAUGCCUUUGUCGUCAGGGCUAUAAACACAUGGUACAGCAUGGGAGACUCAAGUGUGUAGAUGUGAAUGAGUGCUCUAAGCAAGACAUCUGUGGAGUAGGAGGCCAGUGUGUGAACCUGCCUGGAUCCUAUAAAUGUGAAUGUCACAGCGGCUUUAAGAGCAAAUCCCACCGUCAUCCAGCCUGUGAAGACAUAAAUGAGUGUCUAAGCCCUGACACAUGCCCCAAUGAGCAGUGUGAGAACACACCAGGCUCCUAUGAGUGCGUACCUUGUCUGCCUGGUCAUGAAGCUCGAGCCGGCAUCUGUUAUGACAUCAAUGAGUGUCAGAAACCAGGCAUCUGUCCUAACGGCCGCUGUGAGAACCUCCCUGGUACUUAUCGCUGUCUGUGCAAUGAAGGCUUCCUCCCAUCUGCAGACAGCAAAGGAUGCAGCGACAUCGAUGAGUGUGAGGAUGCUCGGUUGUGUGCUUACGGCCACUGUAUCAACACAGAAGGUUCUUUCCAGUGCCAGUGCUACCCAGGAUAUCAGCGAACACAGGAAGGCAGCCACUGUGAAGAUAUCAAUGAGUGUGAGAGGCCAUCAAACUGUCAGAGGGGCCACUGUAUCAACAGCAUGGGCUCGUAUCACUGUGAAUGCCAGAAAGGCUACACGCUGGUCGGAGGCAGGAGAUGUCAAGACAUAGACGAAUGUGCCGCAGACAGAAGUCUCUGCCAGCCCUACGGCUUUUGUGAGAACAGACCUGGCUCAUAUGUGUGUGUCUGCAAUCACGGCUACGUCCUCUCAGAGGACAAACACAGCUGUGAGGCGGUUCAAGUGCUGACAGAUGAGAAAAAGGAGUGUUACCUGAACCUUGAUGACACAGUGUUUUGUGACAGUGUCCUGGCCACUAAUGUUACCAAGCAGGAGUGCUGCUGCUCCAUCGGAGUAGGAUGGGGGGAUCACUGUGAGAUCUACCCCUGCCCUGUCUCCCAGUCAGCUGAGUUCCACUUCUUGUGUCCAAAUGGUCAUGGUCUCUACUAUGAAGAAGGACUCCAGUACAGUCUGCCUGUUUACCACGAUAUUGAUGAGUGCGCUUUGUUUGCUGAGGAAAUCUGCAAAAAGGGUCGAUGUGAGAACACAAUGCCAGGUUAUGAAUGUUAUUGUCAACAAGGCUUCUACUACGACAGCAACCUCCUGGAGUGCAUUGAUGUGAAUGAAUGCCACGAUGAGUCUCUUUGUACCAACGGUCACUGUGUCAACACUGAAGGCUCCUUCUUCUGCAACUGCAAACAGCCCUGGACUCCAGACUCCAACAAGAAAAAAUGUGUGAUGGCAACAGUAGCAGAUGUGAAUGAGUGUGAGGACCCAGCCAACUGUAAAAACGGCCACUGUGUGGACACCCCGGGUUCUUACUAUUGCAUUUGUUCCCCACCCUGGACUCUGGCCACCGACCGCAACAGCUGUGUAACUCCUGAGGAACAAGCUGAUGUGAAUGAGUGCCAGGAUCCCUCGUACUGUAAGAAUGGGAGGUGUGAGAACACGCCUGGCUCCUUUCACUGUUUUUGCGACCCUCCCCGCACCUUCAGUGCAGCUCUGAAACAGUGCGUCUAUGACGAUCGCACCGCGGCCCAUAAGGACGUGUGUUUCCUUCAGGUUGAUGAGGGUCUGAUCUGCAGCGAGCCCAGGAACGGUAUGGUGGUGACCUACUCUGAGUGCUGCUGUCACUACGGUCGUGGCUGGGGCCCUGAGUGUAACACCUGUCCACCUAGAAACUCAGAGAUGUUCAGUCGUUUAUGUGAAAUGCAUCUGGAGACUGAGUCUGAUGGAGAGCAAGACUUUUUGGCAGCUUUUGCCAACUAUAACCCAGGUGACAGUUCAGAGGAGGACUCAGAUGAAUGCAGCUGUGCAAACGGCCGCUGUGUCCGCUCCUACCUGGGGACCAUGUGUGAAUGUAACCCAGGCUUCAGACUGGACCACUCCCGGGCCCGCUGCAUAGACAUCGAUGAGUGUGCUGAACCAGGAGUUCGUAUUAGUCCCUGCAAAAACGCUCGCUGUGUGAACACCGUCGGCUCAUACAAGUGCUACUGCAAACACGGCUUUGUGGCUACACGCAGGCCAAACAUAUGCAUGCGUCGCAGAACUCGGUAACCUCUGUACAUCAUCUUAACACAACAACAAGCAGAAAAAUGUGCCUGCCAUGCAUGCACCUCUGUCUCAUUCUUCAACCCUGGGACUGUGUGUAGGCAGCAACCCUUCAAAUAUAUCUGCUCAUCUGAGGUCAGAUCAUGGCAGCGGCUCAUGAAACAUAUCAUUGUCGGCUCUACUUCCCCAUCUCACAUUUAAGAAACCAUUCAGUGCAGACAAAGAACAUGAUUGUUUGUUUGUUCAACUUUUUUGUAAUUAUUGUUUUUUUUUUUUUUUUUAAGUGUAUGUUGUUAAGCUUCAAAUGUGCACUUUCCUGUUGAAUUGACCUGCCAUUUUUAAUUACAAUCCUUGUUCUCAAGCCAUAUCUUGCUUUCAUGAGGAAUUAGAAUAUGUUUUAAAGAGUACCACACAAACGUAAGGAUCUCUCUGUUAUUCACUUUGUUUGUAUAAGUCUAUUUAAUAUUUGUAUACUGUAGGAAUGCCAUGGAACGUUUUCUAGUGUUUUGGUGUUCCCGUUUUACAUUCCCAUAUCAGUCAGCAUUGUAUAAAUCUAAUUCAAAAUCCUUUCUGUGGGAAGUUAUUGGCUGGUUUUGUGUUAUUGUACAGUUUGUUCUCACAGUUUCUCAAAGAUAGAUGCGUGUCUUACCCGUUUGUUUGUUUGUUUGUUUGUUCAUGAGCAACCUGAAGUUUUUGUAUAAUUUGACAUGUGCACCAAAGUUAAAAUUAAGCUAGCCAAAAGGUCAUGCACUUAGAAAGAAUAUAGUGGGAAUAUUUGCUAAAUGUAGCUUAUUCCAGGAAAACCAAUAACAUUUGACAUCUGUUGUUAUAAUUGCAUCAAAGCAUUUACAAAACCAAACAAUUUUAAUUAAAAAAAGAAGAUGUCAAAAGUAAUGUCUUUUUCCUUGUUUUUUUGUGUUGGAUCUGUGUGGGAAGUUUUCCAUAUAAGCGCAUAUUUACCGCAGAAACGGAAAAUACUGAACACUGCAAGUGCCUCCAAAUCACACAUUAACAUCCAGACAGUAACACUUCCAUAUUGACAGUUAAAGCAAUGUGUGGGUCUGCUGCUGAGGAUGAUUCAUUCUUUCCUUUCAAGACACCUGGAACAGAAACAAACCCUACACACGAGGAUUUCCAUAAGUUUUCUGUUAAUUUUUUCCGCCUCUUUUGCUUUUUAGGUCAACAACAACAUAUACAUUUUAAUAAAGGCACUAUCAUUCGCUCAUAUUUUCAAAUGUUUGGCAAAUUCCUUCUUAGGUAUUUUAGGAAUUAUAGCUUUUUCAUAAACAUUAAAUCCAAAUGUCAUGGAUCCUUUAAUGAGUGACUGACAAUGAAUCAAAACUCUGUAUUAUUCGGUUUUAUUUACCUGCUCACCAAUAAAUAUAACGUGUCAAUUUUUAAACAACUCAGCUGAAUCUAAGUUCUACUGUUACAUGGAUUUGAAGACUAAUACAUAGAACAAUAUCAGUGCCAAAGGUAUAAUUAUGAAAACAAGUAAGGGCGUGAGCUUUAAACUACCUGCACCUGCGUUAGAGCUGAACAGAGGUAAGACAUGUAAGCAGGUGAGACCUGGAUAAACUAUUUAUCAAAGACAUCUGUUUCUGUCUGAGACCAGUACACCUGCUACAUUAAAAAAA